GUUCUUCUUCCCCACUUUUCAUCAGUAAUCCUUCUCAAAAGAAGAAUAUAAAGUUGUUAUAUGAGCAGGAGAGAUCAAAAUUGAUCUACCAUGAGUUGUAAUGGCUGCCGAGUUCUCCGAAAAGGUUGCAAUGAUAAUUGCAUUCUUAGACAUAGUCUCCAUGGGAUCUGUACUCCUCAAGCUCAAGCUAACGCCACCGUCUUCGUCGCUAAGUUCUUCGGCCGUGCUGGUCUUAUGUCCUUUCUCGCCUCUGUUCCUGAGUCGCAACGGCCUGCUUUAUUUCAGUCUCUAUUGUUCGAAGCCUGUGGUCGGACGGUGAAUCCGGUGAACGGAGCAGUCGGACUGCUAUGGACUGGGAACUGGCACGUGUGCCAGUCAGCUGUCGAGACGGUGCUCAGAGGCGGAAGCGUCCGUGCGAUGCCGGAGCUAUUUUCCGUCGGAUCUACACCGGAAAACGACGAUACAUCAGAAGCUAUCAACUCUAACUUCGACGUGUCGAAACUGAGGCCACAGGAUCUGAACCUUGGACUUAGUUCAUCCGGAUUGGACGAUGAGAUGAGAAGUGGACGACAUAGUGAUCGGAGGACGACGGAGAAGCGGCGAGCAGUGUCGCCGUCGGAUGCAUCAGAGACGACGACGCUGGAGAGUGGAUUAGGUUCUGCUUGCAGCGAAACAAAGCUUCUGAGACUGUUUUUAUGAGAAAAUUAGAUUGAAAGAGAUGAGACAUAGCUAGUGGUUAUCAGUUUCAAAGGCUAAUUAUUCCCUCUGAUGAAUUUGAUCCUUUUUGGUGUUUCCUGAUCCACAAAGAAAUGAGAUCGAGAUGUCGAAAAAAUAACUAGAAAACAAAAUAUGACAAAAUCAAUUAAAAUAUUAUUUUGGUUAUAUAUAUUAUGUAAGUUUUGAGCUCUUUACCAACAGUUUUUUCGUUCA